CAUAGUCAUAUACGCAGAAAACGUGGCACAACAUAAUUAGACAACAACAUCGGAUGCAUAAGGUUACCAAACAACAACUGCGUCCCAAACAAAGUCCUAUGUCAACCUCAAUACCAAACCUCCCAACGUUUAUUCAACGACGUUGGGCGGUUUGGUAACUCAAGUGAUACUUAACAUUAACAUUUACUCAUUAAUUCACCACGACCCCAAUACCAAACAUUAAUUAACUGCAAAAAUCCUCAAUGCUAAUUCCUCUCUAAAAGCUUAAGCUUCUGCUACAUUCCCUUGCAUGGGAACGAUGACAGGAUUGUUCGAGGAAGGAAGCUCCCAUGGAAAAAAGUAUGGAAAGUUAAACAAAGACGAAUUCGAUGGUUAUAACUCUGAUAACCAUCUAAGAAAAAAUAGCCCUGUCACGUUGGACGCACCUCAUUUGGAUCCUCAAAUGGCAAUAGAUCACACUGCUUACGACCCUUCUCUUUCUCCCUUAUCGAAAUCGCCAUGGUCCUCUCACAUGAACGAAGAAGGUUCCACCUCCAACGACAACGAGGCUCUGAUAGGGUCCUUAGUCCGAGAAGAGGGUCACAUAUACUCCCUGGCUGCAACCAAAGACUUGUUAUACACGGGUUCAGAGAGUAAAAAUAUUCGCGUGUGGAAGAACCAAAAGGAGUUCACGGGGUUCAAAUGCCACAGCGGCUUGGUGAAAGCGAUCGUGAUCGCCGGGGAAAAAAUCCUCACGGGACACCAAGAUGGAAGGAUAAGAGUGUGGAAAGUUUCGGGGAAAAACGACCAACAACACAAGCGUGUGGCAACGUUGCCCACGUUAAGAAACUACAUAAAAUGUUCGGUGAAACCAAGUAAUUACGUGGAAGUGAAACGGCACCGUAACGUGUUGUGGAUUAAACACUACGACGCCAUUUCAUGUCUGGCCGUGACAGAGGAUCAUUCUUAUAUAUACUCUGCCUCGUGGGAUAGAACUUUCAAAGUGUGGAGAGCGUCCAGUUUCAAGUGUCUAGAGUCUGUGAUAGCCCAUGAGGAUGCUGUUAAUGCGCUUGUUGUGGGGUUGGAUGACUUGGUUUUCACGGGCUCAGCUGACGGCUCGGUUAAGAUUUGGCGGCGGGAGGUUCACGGGAAAAGGACAAAACAUUUUUUCUCGCACACGUUGUUGAAGCAAGAGUGUGCGGUGACGGCGCUGACGAUGAGCGGCGAGGGGAAUUUUUUAUACGCCGGUUCUUCCGAUGGGUUGGUGAAUUAUUGGGUGAGAGAGACAAAUUGGGAGCACAGGGGGACGUUAAGGGGGCACAAGUUGGCCAUUUUGUGUUUGGCUGCUGCAGGAAGUUUGAUCUUCAGUGGGUCUGCUGACAUGUCCAUAUGCGUGUGGAAGAGGUCACUGAGUCAGGAGCACACGUGUGUUAAUGUUUUGUCCGGCCACUGUGGCCCGGUUAAGUGUCUGGCGGCGGAGAGGGAUCUCGACGGCAUGUGCAACGAGCGACGGUGGAUUUUGUACAGUGGUAGUUUGGAUAAGUCCGUUAAGAUGUGGAAGGUCUCCGAGAAUUCAACUGCACAACACAACCACCAACCACCACGGCAUAGUGUUGAUCACUUCCCUAUAGUUUCAUCGUUGAAGAGAGUGGGGUCCAAGAGAUUCUAGUUCCAACGACAUAAUUAUCUGUGUCAUAGAUUCGUUAAUUAGUUAGCAUGUAUGAACAGGUUUGGUUUUUCUUAUAUGCUCUCUUCCAUCAUUUAUGUUUAUAUGCUUUCCACUCAUAAUUCUGGCAACGAUUUCGUAUUUUUGAAGAGGAAAAUCAAACGCAUAUAUUA